AUGACUUGUGUGGAUGAGCAUGAUUUUGGCAUGGGUUAUUUGGAGACCAUGCCGGUUAUCAGAAACUGUGGGGCGCAUUGGGGGAUAGUACCUUCCGAUGAUGAAGGUAAUGAGGGUGAUGAGCAGCCUGAUACACAACCAAAACAACAACCACAACCACGACUGAGGCGCAGAAACGUGAGAGGAAGAGGAGAGAGGGGGCAACCAAUGCAUCCACCCGCACCCAUAGUAGGAUCCUAUAUUAGGGACAAUAUGGCUGGGUAUUUUGACCAGUUAUCAUUGAGAGUCAACUAG